AUGCCCAUCUUCUCCAAGGUGAAGAACGCCAAAAAAGCCGCCGACCAACACAAACGAGCGUCUAAGACACAAGCAGAGACGAAGUCAACCCCAGCACCUUACAGACAUGUACCAACACAUGCCGCACAAGACUCACUCUCCUGUGCUCCCCAUCGCUGGAGCGCUCAAGAGACACGCCAGAAGAUAGCUGCAGCUCAUCAGCAAAAGAGAUUCAACAUGAGCAAUAAGGCUGUUAGCUACUCACGCGACUCGGUUAUUGCUUCAAAGGGGCACAAGAUCUAUCAACCGCGGUCACCGUACCAUUACAAUGGGCCUGCGCCUCCAGUCAUGAAUAGCCACGUUGGCCGUCUUGCGAACGCUACUCCUAUUAUGCCGGCCCUGGUGCCACGAAGUCCGCUUUCGAGCACUUUCACGGAAGUGGAAGAAGAAACACUACAAAUGCCGCCUCCGAUCUGCGCAACCACUAAAGGACUACCGCAACAAACCCAUGCAAUGGACUUCAACCAGAAGCCACCACAAUCCACGAAUUUUUCUCGCAAAAGUCAUAUCGUCAACGAACUAGUCUUGCCUCCUCCUAAGAGGGACGUUGCUCGCCAGACUACACCUCCUCUUCCAGCGACCUCCACCAAAGUGCCCAAGAGACGCAACUGGUUCAGGAAACGUCAGCAAAUUGUGGCCAAGUGACUCUCGCUGAUAAAUGCUGCCGAUACGAGACGCUCUUCUAAGAAGCUAGUCUCAACAAUAAACAUCUUUCGAUAUAUGCGAUAGACUGUUAAUUCUCUUUUCAGUCGGCGUUCAUCGGCACUGCAUAUCUUUUCAUACGAGCAAUACCGAGAAGCAGACCUUAGUGUUCCUACUAUUCUAUUUAGACCCAAGUAGCUGUCGCAAAUAUAUUU